UCCAAUAGGAGUCGCGCUCCGGAGGCUAACGCUCGCGGGGCCCCGUUUGAAAAAAGAAGGUGGAAGGGAGCAGGAGCGAAGCCGAAGCCGAAGCCUAGCCUUGGACUGAGAACGAAGGGAGGCUCCCCUUUCCUUCUUCUUUGGCGGAGGAUGAGUGCCUCUGCCGCCGCCGCCCGAGGCUCCGUCCGGGCCCCCGAGGCCCGGGCCACUCUGCCCCCGUCCGCCCCGUCCUCCGCUGCUUCCUCCUCCCGGAAGGAGGCCUCGGUGCCCUCGGUGCCGGAGCUGGUGCUGGACCCUCGCUCGCGGCGCCGGUUCCGCGUGGGGCGCUUCCUGGGCAAAGGCGGCUUCGCCCGGUGCUACGAGCUGAGCGAGGAGGAGGCGGAGGGCGCCUCGGGCCCCGGGAGCCCCGCGGCGCUGGCCGGGAAAGUGGUGCCCAAGGCGCUGCUGCUGAAGGCGCCCCAGAAGGAGAAGAUGUCCAUGGAGAUCGCCAUCCACCGCAGCCUCCGCCACCGGCACGUCGUCCACUUCCACGGCUUCUUCGAGGACAGCGACUUCGUCUUCGUGCUCCUCGAGCUCUGCAGGAGGAGGUCGCUGCUGGAGCUGCACAAGCGCCGGAAAGCCCUGACGGAGCCAGAGGUGCGCUACUUCCUGCGGCAGAUCAUCCUGGGCUGCCAGUACUUGCACAGCAACCGGGUCAUCCACCGGGACCUCAAGCUUGGCAACCUCUUCCUCAACGACGACAUGGAGGUCAAGAUAGGAGACUUUGGCCUGGCCACGAAAGUGGAGUACGACGGGGAGCGGAAGAAGACCCUCUGCGGGACCCCCAACUACAUUGCCCCCGAGGUCCUGGGCAAGAAGGGGCACAGCUUUGAGGUGGACAUCUGGUCCAUUGGCUGCAUCAUGUACACCCUUCUGGUUGGCAAGCCACCCUUUGAAACCUCCUGUUUGAAAGAGACAUACAUUCGGAUUAAGAACAACGAGUACACCAUCCCGCAGCACAUCAACCCCAUCGCUGCCAACCUCAUCAAGAGGAUGCUGCGCUCCGACCCAGCCGCCCGGCCCACCAUCGACGAGUUGCUAAAUGACGAGUUCUUCACCACGGGUUACACUCCGGCCCGCCUGCCCACCACCUGCCUGACAAUGCCCCCCAGGUUCUCCCUGGCCCCCAAUGGCCUUGAUCCCAGUGGCAGGAAGCCCCUCACAGUGGUCAACAAAGGACCAGAGAGCCCCGCGCUGGAGAAGGUGGCCGAGAAGGAGGAGGAGGUGGCCCUUCGGGACCCAAGCCAGACCACUGACUGCCACCUGGCUGACCUGCUCCAGCAGCUGACCCUGGUCAAUUCCUCCAAACCUGCAGAAAUGGUCCCCAUCAGACAAGAGGAUGCUGAAGAUCCAGCCUGCAUCCCCAUCUUCUGGGUCAGCAAGUGGGUGGACUACUCGGAUAAGUAUGGCCUAGGGUACCAGCUGUGCGACAACAGCGUGGGGGUCCUGUUCAAUGACUCCACCCGUCUCAUCAUGUACAACGACGGUGACAACCUACAGUACAUUGAGCAGAAUGGCUCGGAGUCCUACUUCAACGUCCGCUCAUUCCCAGAUGCUUUCAACAAAAAGAUCACACUGCUGAAGUAUUUCCGAAACUACAUGAGCGAACACCUGCUGAAAGCCGGUGCCAACAUCACCCCUCGGGAGGGAGACGAGUUGGCGCGCCUACCCUACCUGCGCACCUGGUUCCGCACCCGCAGCGCCAUCAUACUCCACCUCAGCAACGGCACUGUGCAGAUCAACUUCUUCCAGGACCACACCAAGGUCAUCCUCUGCCCGCUGAUGGCGGCCGUCACCUACAUCAACGAGAAGCGGGACUUCCGGACCUACAAGCUAAGCCUGAUCGAGGAGUUUGGCUGCUGCAAGGAGCUGGCCAACCGCCUGCGCUACGCCCGCACCAUGGUCGAGAAGCUGCUUACAUCCAAGUCAGGGGCUGCCUGCAUCAAACCCACAAACUAGCACAAACUGGCGGCAGAGCAGUGAAGGACUGCCUUCCGGUCCUCCAUGACACCACUUCCGUUUCCAUGGCAGCUGUCGCAGCCAUGUCAAGUGGCUCCUGACCCGGGAAGGGUCUCCGUUGGGCCUGAGGUCUACCCAGCCAGGUCUGGAGCACGCACACCUCCAUGUUCCAUUGUGCAAAACAGGAUUUGUUUCCUCCUGCUUUUUGGCAGAGAAAAGAGGCCCUUCCCACCCACUCCCCUGCCUCCGCUUGCCACCCUUGGGAUGCUGCAGAUGAGUUUUUAGAGGCCGGGCUCUGGGUGGGACCUUGUGUAAAUUAUUUGUAUGUGGUCUGGGUGAGCCCUUGCUCCUUGAGGGGAUGGGUUGUAAUGCCUCCCCACCCCUAUUUCUAAGGUCCUUGUACUUGGCGUUGGGCUUUCCUGUUUUGUUCUUCUGAGUCUUUUGAGCUACCAAACAUUUUAACAUUGAAACUAACUUUGCAUCAAAUUAAAAUCUCCUUUUUUUC